UAGCUUAUAAAUUCUCCUUUGGUUUGAUUUUUUUUAUCUAACAUAUGUUUCAAGUUCUUACAAUCAUGAGAGUUUUAUUCAUCCUCUCCUUAUGGAUUCAUUUAGCCACGGCCCAGACAACGACAGUGGUAACCGGAGUUCAAGUGGAGAACUUCUCAUUCCCGCCUGCUGCAAAACCUCCGGGCUCUGACAAGACCUUGUUCCUCGGUGGUGCAGGGGUGAGAGGAUUGGAUGUAGACGGCAAGUUUGUGAAGUACACAGCAAUAGGAGUGUACCUGGAAGAGAAGGCAUUGCCUCUAUUAGCCACAGAAUGGAAGGGCAAAUCUGCUGAGGAGCUCACAGACACAGAUGAAUUCUUCCGGGACAUCAUCACAGGGCCAUUUGAGAAGCUGACGCAGGUCUCAUUCAUCACGCAACUGACUGGGAAACAAUACUCAGACAAGGUGGCGGAAAACUGCAUUGCAUUCUGGAAGUCCAUCGGCGCUUACGGUGCGUCAGAGGCCAGGGCCAUUGACUGGUUCCUGGAUGUCUUCAAGGAUCAAAGCUUCCCUCCGGGCUCCAGUAUUUUCUUCACCCAUCUAAGCAACGGAUCCUACGUGGAGCGUGACGGGAUUUCAUUGCAUCGAGUACAGAUCAGCUUCUCAAAGCAUGAAUCUAUACCGGAAGUAGGAAAUGCUGUGAUAGAGAACAACGAGUUGGCAGAGGCGGUCCUGGAGACUAUCAUUGGCAACGGUGGCGUUUCCCCAGCAGCGAGGAAGAGUCUGGCGACGAGAUUAGCCGAGUUUAUGAAAUUAGAGAAAAUUGAUUUUUGAAUCUAAUCAUAAUAUCAAUCAAUGUAUUAAGCAAUCUAUAAUCCUAAGAUCACUUCUUAUGUUUGUAGCAGUAAUAAUUUCGUGGUUCUAGUGUAAUGUCAUGUGAUUGGUCUCUGUUCGGCCCGGCCCAUACCCUAUCUAAUGUAUUUCAUUUCUCCACUUCUAUAAUCUUAUCAUCUUAAACUUUAA